AUGAAAUUAUUUACCAUUUUUUUAUAACUUUUUGUGAGAUAUUUGAUUUUUAAAAAUAAAUAAUGUUUUGAAAUAUAAUCUCAACUAAAAAUGCAUCAGUGGCACUUGGCUUGUCAGUAAAUCAACUUGGGUUUUAUGGAAUGGUAAACGGUAAAAGGGAAAGGGAAAGUAGAUAUUUUAUGGUUGUAAAAUGUCCAUUUGGAAGGAUGAGAGACAUUAUUGGCUAUUUUUAAUGAAUUCUGAACUUACUUAAAUGGGGACAAAAAAAUAGAAUUGUCAUUUUCGGUUAAUCUAACAGAAUUUGAAGAAGUUAUGAUCAUCCAUUUCUUUUCUGAACAAGUUGUUGAUCUACUAGAAACAGCCCUCUCAGGUAGUUAAAAGUUAAUCUGCUAUGCUCUUAAUUUUCUGCUUAUUGGCCUUUGAAGUGUUUGAUUUCCCUAAUGUUCAGAUGGGCCCAGAAAGAUGGUUUAGCAACUAAAUGCCAUGUGUUGUCAAGUAAUUUUGCGAAAAGGAAAAAGGAAAAUCAGAUUAGUGCUUUUUUGGACUUAAUAUUAAAAUAAUACGUCUUUAGAACAAUUACUUUUGAAUGGUUUCUCAAUUGGUUCAAAUGAACGUAAUGGUUACCACUGUUCAGUUCAGACUUUAGACUGAUUUAUAUAGCCUGUACAACCUUCAUUUCAGCCCCCUGAUUCUCUUUAUAUUAUUGUAUUAAGUAUUAGCACAUUGGCUUCUAUAAUGAACUAUGGUGAAUUGUUGGUGAGUGUUGUCUACUAAUUAUAGCACAAGAGGGUUUUACAACUCAUUGUAUGCCAUAUGUUCUGUGGAGUAACUUCCAGGAACAAUAUAUUUUCAAAGUUUGCUAACAAUUCAGACAAUCAUAGAACUAUCUCAAAACAACAAAUUAUCAGGUAAUUGGAGAGGAAGGAAACUAGUUUGGGCAAUCAAUUUUAUAUUGAUCAUUUAAAAUUUGAAUAACCACAAUGUUUUCUCUUGUUAAUGAAGGAAAAUCUGCAACUGCUAGUAGUAGUUUCAUAAAUCUAUUCAAGGAGCAAAUUAAGUCCCUCACAACUUCAACCUCUUUUUAGAUGGUCUGCUGACAUAUGAAGCUUUUUUAGUAAGCUGAUGGGUGGUGAUGAGAGUCGAGAAUCGUUGCUUUCAGAAGCAAGAGAUCAUUCUCAUCUCAAUGAGAUAAGUGACCUCCAGAGGAGAAGGCCACGGCGUGGUAAAUCUUCAGAUAAAGAGAACAACCUCAAAGAAAAAAAUGUGGUCCAAAACCCUUUACACUCUCAAUAUAUAGAUCCAAAACAAGAAGCAGAAUUCCAUUUCAAGACAGUGUUGUUGUGGCUAGCUGCAUACCUAGGAGGAGGAACACUAUGCUUCCUUCUCACAAGUCAUCAGAUCAAGGGCAUUAAAACCAAUGGGUUUCUUGAUGCCAUUUACUUCUGUGUUGUGACGAUGACUACUGUUGGAUAUGGAGAUCUUGUGCCAGAUAGCCAAUUGGCAAAACUUCUUGCAUGCAUUUAUGUCUUCACAGGCAUGGCUCUUGUAGGGUUAAUUCUUAGCAAGGCAGCAGAUUACAUUGUUGAAAAGCAGGAAAUAUUUCUAGUUAGAACCUUAUUCAAGGGUGAAAAUUUUGGUCCAGAAGAGCUUUCCAAAGAGGUCGAAACUAACAAAGCAAAAUACAAAUUCAUUCUCGCAGCAUCCGUCUUUUUGGUGCUUAUGAUUUCAGGGACUAUUUUUCUGCAUUAUAUUGAAAAUCUAGAUUUUGUUGAUGCCCUAUAUUGUGUUUGUUCCACAGUCACUACUUUAGGUUAUGGGGAUAAGAGCUUCUCGACUACUAUUGGCCGUGCUUUUGCUGUGUUCUGGAUAUUGAGCAGUACCAUUUGCUUAGCUCAGUCUUUUGCUUAUCUUGCUGAAUUUUAUACUGAAGAAAGACAGAAAGCAAUGGCUAAAAUAGUUCUUACACGAAAGUUGUCACUCCUUGAUCUUGAGGCGGCUGAUCUUGAUGGAGACCAUGUUGUCAGUGCCACAGAGUUCGUAUUAUACAAGUUGAAGGAAAUGGGAAAGAUCAACCAAGAAGAUAUUUUAGUUGUGAUGGACAUUUUUAGAAAACUAGAUGUUGAUAAAUCAGGAACCCUGACAGAAGCUGAUCUAAAAUAUUCUGAAUCAUCUAAACCAUAGCCCUAGGCCAGCCUAGUACAUCAUGAAUUUCAAUUUUCAUUUUAAACUUUGUCAUCUGUAUCAUCUUUUAUAUACACUGUAUUGAGGUAUUUCAAAGUGUUCCUGUAGGAACUAUACUCUCUGUAAGCUACAAGGAUAUAUGAUGUUAGCGUGCGCACACA